CGGAGCAAAAAUCCAACCAGCACACACCGCUUCCGGCGAUCAGCUCAGCGCUGCGUCCUCCUCGGUGAUAAAACACGCCUAAUGUUUACAGGACGAACCACUGGAGCCGCUUCCUGCAGUUUCCACAGUUUUAGAGCCAACAGAGUUCAUUCCCGGUCCGUUAUCGCGCAGCUCACCGGCCCCUCCUCUUCCGGUCUCGCCGCCUUUACUGGAAACUUUCGACUCAAUCUCUGAUCUCACGGUCCGUGAUUAUCGGGAUCUGCGGAGACAUGUCAGGCGUCAUCCCAGAGCCGUCCCGAGCUGGGACCGAUCUGAACCAGCUCGAGGAGGACGGGAUCCUGGAGCCGCACACCGUCUAUGUGGUUCUGGAUUCGACCGAGACCCUCAACCUGGUCCGGGUCGAGUCUGGGAUUGUGGCUGACAUGGAAGUCGAAGGCUUGAUUCCUGCCAACCAGGACACCUUUUACCAGAUCAAGAGUCAGCCCAUCUCCAUAAGCUCUUCAACGGCGCCGUCCUUUUCAUCAUCCUCUUCCUCAGUGCAGCCGGUCACGUUGUCCAGGGUUCUAAUGAGGCAGGACCUGAUGCGUCAGCAGGUUCUGGAGGAGGAACAGAAGAAGGAGGUCCAGCAGCGGCGCUGCAUCACCUCCUCCUCACCCAUCACGGUGUCCAUGAUGCCCUGCUCACCUGCCCAGGUUCCUGUUGAGGUGCUAAAGGUCCAGACUCAUCUGGAGAACCCCACCAAGUACCACAUCCAGGAGGCUCAGAGGCAGCAGGUCCGUCAGUACCUGUCAGCCGCCACGACAGCCAAUCAGAAGCCUGCUCUGCCACUCCCUAAUGUCUCUGAGCUGCGCUUCGUCUCCAGUCAGCCAAUAGAAAGCAGCUCGAACCAGGAGGUGGAGGAUGGCAUUGUGGAUGAUGUCAUGAGUCUGGAUUGUAGUCUGAACCAUGACUUCCUGACACAUGUGGAGUCUGGGCUGCAGCUGCCGAGCACGCUGCCAGAAAAUGUUCUGGAUGUGAAUGGAGGAGGAGUCGCAUCAGCUGCCGUCACCAUUAGCAACAGCUGCCCAGCCGAGCUGCACGCCAUUAAGAGAGAGCUGAGUGAGGAUGAGGCCAAGGCUCUGAUGAAAGACAGGCAGAAGAAGGACAAUCACAACCUCAUUGAAAGACGGAGACGCUUCAACAUCAACGACCGGAUCAAAGAGCUUGGAGCGUUGAUCCCUAAAUCCUCUGACAUGGAGUCCAGGUGGAACAAGGGGACCAUCCUAAAGGCGUCAGUCGAUUACAUCCGCAGACUGCAGAAGGACCAGCAGAGGGCGCAGGACCUGGAGGACAGACAGAAGAAGCUGGAGAGCACCAACCGCUUCCUGCUGCUGCGCAUUCAGGAGUUGGAGCAGCAGGCUCGUCAGCAUGGUCUGUCAUCGUCCUCCUCUGUGGAGCCCCAAAGUCUCCUCCUCCCACCACUCCCUCCCCCUAUUUCCGCCUCCUCCUCCUCUUCCCUGCCCCCCCUCUCUCUGAGGGAGGAUGCUUUGAGCUUCGUAGAGCCGGACGAUCCUCUCCAGGCCGGCACCGUUUUCUCCUCAGACUUGAUAUGUGACCUGGCACUGACAGAGAUGCACGACCUGCAAGGGUUACUGAUGGAGAACGGCCAACGAGGAUCAGAGUACAACCCCCUGCUGUCCUGCGCCGCCUCCAAGACCAGCAGUCGGAGGAGCAGCUUCAGCAUGGACGAAGACCUUUGAUGAUGUCAGAUGGUGGGCGGGGUUAACCUGAAAACAGCUUUUAGACUGGACGCCAGGUCAGAUGCUGUAACCAUGGCGAUGUCACUGCUGGCUCGUCUGUUACCAGGGUAACGCCAUGAACACUGCCUUUGUUCUCUGAAUCCUUUUAAACCUGUAGUUUCCAUGGAUACACUCAGACGGCCAUUUUCCCAUGCAGAGUGUUACCAUGGUAACAUUUAGACUAACUUACACUUCGGUUGUAGUGGAACAUCCUGCCGCGUGUCCACACAAAAACUGAGAAGAGUGAUUGGCUCUCUGUGGGGAAGAAUUCAAGAAACUCAAACACAGAAUACAAAAGGAACUGGUUCUGGUUCUGCAGGUGUGGGUUCACCUGUGCAGCCGCGUUGGUGUUGUGCAUCAGUCGUAUGAAAAUGAAACGGGCGGUGAACGUACAUGAAUGAUCAGUUAGUGAUUUUGGAAAGAGAUUACUGCAGGGAUCAGGAGAUCUGCUUUGGGAAGUCACUUUUAUUCUUGUUCUUGUACUGGAAACGACAAACAGAACAGACGAUGACACACACACACGCGCACACAUGCACACAUGCACACAAAGUCCAAUCAUGUAAGGCACAACCCGUUCCCCGGUGGGACAGAACCAGCUACAGAACCAGCUGGAGUCUUCAGUAGCCGUUCUCCAGAUCAAUCUAGAUCUGGGGUCACCAACCUUUCUGAAACUUCAUGAAGGGAUACCCGUUUGGAGUAACAAAUGUACUCAGUUUACUUUUAGUUCUACAUUAUUAAUAAUGAAUGAUUAUUCUCCUCUAUGUAAAGACUGAUUACUAACCAUAAUUAUCAACAAUGACAACAAUCUAGGAAAGAGAUAUUAAUAUUUAGCACUUUAUUGAUCUCAUUAAUUGUUACAUUUUCAGAUGAUCUCUAACAUUUCAUGAGAAAAUUGUCUCAUUUUCAGCAUGUUGUUUAUCAAUUAUUUAAUGUUAAAGAAAAAUCAACUUACACAUUUUUAAACAAAUCUUUUGACAUUUUGAACUAAUGACCAAAUCUGCAGCAUUUUUAACUUAAUUAAUGUUCUUUGAUCUGGAGGUCAG